AUGAAUCCUGAUGAUGCACGAUUGGAUACAAUUUACAAAGCAGGAAUAUUUUACUGCGAAGGUUCCAGUGAAACUUUCUCUCGAGAUACACGGCUUUAUCCUUGGAACUUGUCAACUACAUUUCGUCCUGUAAUUGUUGUUCCUUGUAACAAAGCUCUUUGCCCGUCAGGUCAGUGCAAUCAUGUUGGUCACUGCACUUACGUAGCAGGCUAUAUCAGUGGACCAGUUUCAUAUGGUGUUGUUACUAAAGAGAUGUCCACUCUAGGCUCCAACACUGGUGCCAAUGAAAAUAUCGAGUUAUACUUGGGUUGCGGUCUCCACCAAGAGAAUUUUGAUGGUGCCUUUGGUGAUAAUCAUAAAGAUGGCCGCCCUGAUGUCAUUGCAGGAAUACUUGGUUUAGGGCGAGGCCCAAGGUCUUUUCUAGGUCAAUUGGGUUCUGCCGGACAAGGUAUAUGUUCCUACUGCUUCGAGAGAUUUAACCGAAAUUUCCAGGCAUCCAAAACAUAUUUAAGGUUUGGGGCGGAUGCAAUAAUUGGAACCACAGCUCGAAGAGUAGGUGCAACUCCUCUUGUGGUGCCGGGGAAAUCUCGGAAGACAUACUAUUACUUAAAUCUAGAAGAUAUUGGUGUAGGUGACAAACUAGUAGGAUUUCUUAGAGGUACUUUCGAGCUUAACAGUCGAGGAGAAGGUGGAUUUCUUAGAGGUACUUUCGAGCUUAACAGUCGAGGAGAAGGUGGUACUGUGAUAGAUUUUGGCACUCUAAUAUCCUCAAUGUAUAAACCUCAUUAUGGCAAAGUUCUAGAUUUGGUGAAGGCACAUUUUAGCGAGCUCGGAGUUAAAUACGUUGGUCGCAGGUGA